UGGUUGUUCGAAGGGCCGUACAUUUGGAUACGAUGGCGAUUUUUAUUACGCUUGUGCUCUCUAUUGUAGCGUUGGUUUCAGCUGAAUACGAACCAUAUUCACCUCCUCCACCUCUAUAUUAUUACAAAUCUCCCCCUCCACCAUCUCCUUCACCCCCUCCUUCAUAUUACUACAAAUCUCCACCUCCUUAUUACUACAAGUCCCCUCCACCUCCCUCUCCCUCACCUCCUCCUCCAUAUUUUUACAAGUCCCCUCCACCUCCAUUUCCAUCUCCUCCUCCACUAUACUAUUAUAAGUCUCCACCUCCACCAUCUCCUUCACCUCCACCACCAUAUUAUUAUAAAUCUCCACCACCACCAUUCCCAUCUCCUCCUCCUCCAUAUUACUAUAAGUCACCUCCUCCUCCAUCCCCCUCUCCUCCUCCUCCCUACUACUACAAGUCUCCACCACCACCAUUUCCCUCUCCACCACCCCCAUAUUACUAUAAAUCGCCACCACCACCUUCCCCAUCUCCUCCUCCACCAUACUACUAUAAAUCUCCACCACCACCAUCUCCAUCUCCUCCUCCUCCAUACUACUACAAGUCUCCCCCACCACCAUCACCCUCUCCACCACCCCCAUACUACUAUAAGUCCCCUCCACCACCUUCCCUGUCUCCUCCCCCUCCAUACUAUUAUAAAUCCCCGCCACCACCAUCUCCAUCUCCUCCUCCUCCAUACUACUACAAGUCCCCUCCACCACCAUCUCCCUCUCCACCACCUCCAUACUACUACAAAUCUCCACCACCACCAUCUCCUUCACCUCCACCACCAUAUUAUUAUAAAUCUCCACCACCUCCAUCUCCAUCACCACCACCACCAUACUACUAUAAAUCUCCCCCACCUCCAUCUCCCACAUAUUAAUCGAUUGACUCCAUCCAGCAUAGAAUGCUAGGAGGAAGGAUGUGGUAUCUAGGUCCUAGUCCAAGCGGCCAAUGUCUUCUCAUUAGUGAUAUGACUAUCAUCCAAUAAAGAUUUUAAAAACAAUCAACAUUUUGUUUGAAAUAAGCGAGACAAUGGAAUAUGACAUCUGUGACGGUGCUUGCUGUAUGUAAUAAGGGAAAAGCCAUUGCUAAUACUUCUCCCACCUCCGAGGAAACCCCAUCGGAGAAUGUUCCCUAUCUGAUGGAGCUGCCUUUUGUGGGCCAAUUUAUUUUUAAUAUCCGAGUGAUAAUAAAAUUAGUUUUGAUCCUCAAUUCAUGUUUAAUUAAUUUUUUCAGUUUUAUCCA